AUGCCUCGAUUCUCCAGAUUGGGCUGGCGUGCGCUUGUUGCACUGGCGUUGCUUGCAAGCAGCGUCUCUGCACAGACCGUCAUCGAGACCCAGGGGUCUGAAGUGGACUGGCAGUUUGCCUUUAUUGUCAGCGCUUGCCUCGCCGGCUUCCUCUUCAUCAUCGUCGUCGUGCAGUUUAUCUACAUCCGCAUCUCCAUAAGGAAACACAAAGAGCUCCGCACCAGCGCCACUGACACGCGCGUGGAGGAGGUUGAUUUGAACAUGCCUGACGCGUACAUGGACGUGCAAGGUGUCAGCCGAAGCCACAACAGCACCGCACACAGCGCUGGAGCAAAGUCACCAGUGGAAACACGGGUAGACGACGAUGAAGACGACGACAACGAUGUUUAAACCCCACAUAUCUGUUUUGCAGACCCUGCACGCACGCCCACACCAUGGUCAAUAAUUGUCCUGUCGUUCGCUCUCUCUCGCUCUCUCUCUGUGUGUCUUGCGCACACACGUAUGCAUCGUUUCUACACAGAUGUCACUUGUGUGUUUCUGUGCGUUUCGAAACGACCUUCUCUCUUCUCCUUUCUCUCUUCUCUUCUCCCUUCUCUCUUCUUCUCUUUUUUUUUUCCUUCUUCCCCAUCUCCGAUUGACCCCCCUCCUGUUGCCUUCACUCACAUCCAUCUGAACACCCUCCUUCCGGGGUGUCUUUGACCCAGCGUCGUCUGCCUGCGUGUGCAUUUAUUUGAACUCUGUCGCCGUUCUUCCACUCGCGCUUCGUCCAAGCACAUCAACGCACACCCUUCCCCCUUCUUUUCUUCUGAUGCGUUGCGGUGGGAGGGUGGGGACGUUACACCCACCCCCCUUUUCUGUGUGGUAGUCUCUCUGUCUUGUGCACCACCAAGUGUGAAGUACACACAUGCAUGUGUAGUCCUGCCGUAGUCACGUGUUUUUUUUUUCCGUGUCCCCGUGUGGAUUUUUGGGAGAGAAAAGACAACCAUCACUGGUCAUGAGCACCUCAUCGUGAUCUUGUCUGCCGGUCUUACUGUCCUGCUCUCGCUCUUUCCUUGGUCAUUCCGUCACCAGUAGUUGCUUCCUACCUCAUUGUCGCUUGCAUGCAGGCACCUCCCUUCUGUGUAUUCCUUGCCUUUGCGUUGCCCCCGCCCCUCCUUCCAUAUUGCCAGUUAUUACGUCACGUGCCAUGGUGGUGCACUCAAGCUUAUUGCCCUUUUUCUUCUUUCUUUCUUGCCUGCCUGAUGUCUUUGACACACCCACAUGCACGCCCACUCACAUCAUCUCUGCGCUUUCUUGUGUUGCUGCUUCACCCAUAUAAUUGCUUGCGGGUAUGCCUUGUUUGUUGAUUGUUUUGUUUGUACUGUGAUUGGUGUGCGUGUGGAUGCAACAUGGCAUCAGCCACACCAGCCAUAUCAAGUAAUGAACGAACAGCCAGC